UAAGAGGAAUAAUUAAAUCCAUAAAAAAAAAGUAAUUAUUAAAUGAAAUAAAUAUAUGGAGGAUUUGGCAACAACACAAAAGAUAUCCAUAAAAAUUUAUAACCAUUUUAGUGCUUUCUAUAUUUUUCUUUUUUUCUACAUAAAUGUAUAUUAUGUUCCACGUGGAUUCACUUAAAAUAGCAAAUAUUCUUAAAUAAUUAUGAGAGAUUAUGUUGUAACAUUGCAUUAAUGAUUUUUCUCCAUUGGCAAUAUUUUAGGAUAAUCUCUAUAUUUAACCCCCCAAAAAAACCAUUUAUAUAUGUAAUGCUAUAAUAAGUGAAAUUCAGCCUUAAAUUUCUCUUUUAGGUUUUGACAAAAUCCACUAAUUAAAUAGAAAAGAAAAACAACAGAAGGAUUUAUUUUCCAAAUCAAUCUAAUCCUUUUGGCCAUAAUUAUCAUUAAUUUGUUUCAAUAUUUCAUUCUCUAUAAAUUCAAACCAUACUACAUAUUCUUCUCCUUAUUAUUAUAAUAAAAUUCUCCAUUAAAUUAUUAUAAGGUCUAAGUAUUUUGAAAUUUAAAAAAAUGGCCAAGUUUAUGACAUUUUUUACAAUAGCCCUUCUUCUUAGUUUUGUGACAUUCAUCUCUGCUGCUCGCCCUAACGAUUUUCUCGUACCUCAAGAAAAGAAUGAUGUAAUUAAGGGAGAAAAUAAGGAAAAAGUGAUAUGUGAAGAAGGAAUUGGAGAAGAAGAAUGUUUGAGCAGAAGGACUUUGGAAGCUUCUUAUCAUAUGGAUUAUAUUUACACCCAAGAAAAAUCUAAUUAAUUAUCCUUAAUUAAUCAUAUCUAUAUAUAGAAUAAAUUCCAUAGUAUAUAUAUAUAUAUGAUGUAAUAUAUAUGCUAUGCAAUAAUUAAUCUACUUAUAAUCUUAUC